AUGACGAUAUCUAUAGAUAUAUCUGAUGGUUGCAAGAAAGAUAUUGAAGAUAUUAUCACUUCGGAUCAGUUACGGACGAAAGAAAACACAAAUAAUUAUGAAAAAUGUACCAAUAAAGUAGAUUUACCAACGAAACGGAACAAAAAUGUUGAUAGACGAAGGAAAAAUGUUAAAGAGGAGAUCGAAUGUGAGUACUGCCACAAAAUACUAACAUCGCGAUUGUCACUACGGAACCACUACAAGAUACAUACAGGCUUCGAUGUGGUGUGUGAGCACUGCGGCAAGAAAUUCAUAACGCGAAGACUUCUGUUGAUGCACUGUCGAGCCAAGCACGGAUAUGAGAAAACGGAUAAGUGUUCCUUCUGUGACUAUAGAGCAUCUAACGCUGAACAAGUUAAAAUUCACGAGAGACUUCACACUGGUGAAAAACCGUUUGUAUGUAAGGAAUGCAAUACAGGCUUCCAUAGGAAAAGCAGUUACCUGCAGCAUGUCGCUAUACACCUGCCGGAGAAAACUGUACAGUGCGAUCAAUGCUCAGCAAGAUUUAAAUCGGUGACACUGAUGAAGAUUCACAAGAGUCGACAUCGACCUGCUCCAUACAGCUUCAAGUGUGCCGUGUGUGAGAACAGCUUUGUGAGGAGGAGGAAUGUUAUCAGGCAUUUACUGAGGGUGCACGGGCUGGAGGGUGACGAACACGUCACGAGGGUGAAGGUCGGAUGA